AUGACACAGAACAUGUUUCAGGAGGGGCUGUACCAGGUGUUUGUGAGGGAGACACCCCCAGCCUCUCUAUCGAGCCGGGUCACUGCUGACACUGAGGAGCUGUGUAACGCCAGGAUUCAUCGAUGGUUUGGGACCGUAGUUAAUACCAGAGUUUUACUCGCUGGGGUGAGAUGUUGCACUCUGCUGCUUUUCCAGAGCAAAUGAAAAAACGCUUUUUUUUCUACUACUACCUGUUUGUAUGUGUCUGCCCUCAGGCGGUCCAGAUCAUCGGUGCCUUGGCUUGUAUAUUAUUCACAGUCACCUAUGCAUGUGUGAGUUACAGCUGCUCCGUCACCAUGACAACACCGGUGUGGUCAAGCCUAUGUGUAAGUCCACAUUUUUUAACUUUCAGUGGAAACCUGUUAGACAGACAGACAGACAUAGAGAGGAGCUCACACAUUGGCUGUUGUUGGUGCUGUUACAGUAUCUGGCUGCUGGAUGUCUGGCAAUAGAGGUUCAGAGGAAAGCAAACCAACCGAAGGUAAAUACAGUCAAUCAUAAAGUCAGGUGUACCUGUAUUUGCUCUUGUUAAUUGUCGCAUUGAUCGUGAACAGGUCAUCAGUCUGAUGGGUCUGAACAUCUUCAGUCUGCUGUUCGGAUUCUCUGCUCUCCUGGCAAACAGCGUGAACUCGAAAGAGUCAACCCCACUCACCUUAAAGGAACAGGUAUGAAUAAAAAGCAGCAACAUUGAAGCACUCUGAAGGGUAAUUCAGCUGUAACCUCCUGUCUUCUUUCUAUGUAGCGUGCUGGUUCGAUUGUUGCAAAGGGGAGUUCAGUGGCUUUUACCGUGCAGUGUUUUCUUGCUUCAGUCUACAUACUUUUCCUGUCCUGGAAAGGUCUGCGUCGCUACAGUCCAGCCCAUAAUCAGACCUACAGUCGUGUCUCACAGGUACGGACAGCAAAGAGGGACAUACAGAAUCACCUCAAUAAUAUAAGAAAGAAAAAAACUUAGUGCUGUUGAUUCAGUCUGACAGCUCACUCUUUUAAUAUUCAGAAAUUCUCUGCUGAUUGAUGAAAUGUGUCUUGCACUCGGCAGGGAUCACACCUUUAAACAGCAUUAGGCCUAGGGGAGACCGGGGCUUGUUGUCACACUUUUUACACUGGUACACAUUUCUUGAAAUCAAUACAUCAUAUAUGAACAAAAUGUGUACCAGGCUAAAGACCAAAGUCUCAUGUACAUAUUUCGUAUUCGUGUCAUUUUCAUAUCUUGUGUCAGUGCAGAGUUAUAAGCAAUCAAAUAGAGUGUGAUCAUGUGACAUGUUGCCCCACCAUCGGGUAAGUUGUCUCUCUACAUGGGGUAAAAUGUCACAGUGGAUUUUACAGCUAAUAAAACAAAGACAGAAUUAUUGCUGUUCUCAUUUUUUUACACGAAAGUGAAGAUUAAAGUCAGGCACAGAAAAUGUUUAUUUGAGCAAGAAAAAGUCAUUAAACAAAUGUUAACAUAAAAUAUUAUGAAACAUGCUCUGGGGUUUGAAGAGCUGUCUGACUCUGUGUUUUGUCUGGGGUGAAUGUUUUGCAGUACCAAGUCAAGGUAUGGUAGUUGACAUUAAAUUCCUUUAUGGUUCUCCAAAUUGAUUUAUUAGCUAGGGUCACCUGCCUGACUGCCCUCAGCAUCACGUCAGGUACUGCACUGCCAUGUUCUGUUUUUCUUUUGAGAUUCCUGACCAUGUCUUCUCGCUGUCUCCUCUCUUUAAACCACUUUCUUCUCAGUAAAAUUACAGUCAAAUUUUCAUUAUGACAACUGCUAAUAAGCAGACUCUCGAUGGUAAAGGUAUUCCAUUUUAAACAUGAGAUAACUAACCCCAAAAUAACUGAGACAUGCUGCCCUAAACUACCAUGUUUACUAACUAGUAAGCUCUAGCUUAAAGUUAGCCUAAAACAGAACGACGACUGAGGUAUGACAGGAUGUCUUAAUCUCUCCUCUAACAAGUCCACAUGUAUCACUGCUAGGAUUUUUAUCUGGAAGAAGUUUAUUUUAAAAUAUAUAAAGUAUUUUUUUUUUUUUACUUUGGGUUGUGCAAAAUGGUUAAUUGGCGCUCAUCUCAGCUCACAAUGUGCUCUUCUCUUCUCAGACAGAACACGACCCCUGACCAUGUAAAGAAAUAAAACUUGUAUUCCACUUUUUAGCUGCGCCCUCUGGUGGCAAAGACAAUUAAAAUGUGACAACUUACUUUUGUGACAACAAGCCCCGGUCUCCCCUACUUUACGUUUGAAAUCACUCAAAUGUGUUCAGGUCAGAGAUGGGUGAUUUUAACAGCAUUUAUUUAUUUUUCUUCUUGAAACAGAAUCAAGAUGAAACACACGGACCUCUACUGGAACAAGAGGAAGUCAAUCUGUAA